AUGUCACGAGAAAUACGCAACUGGUAUGAGAUUGAUAGCCAUGAUAAUCUCAUAGUCUGGCAAGGCGUUUGUGCUGUAUUUCAUCGUCAGUCUCUCGUUUGUGAGCUUUUCAAGUUGCAUUCAAGCAAUGUUUAUUCAAUUAGACUUGCUGACGUUCCUUUCAAAUGUAUAUCAUCAACUGCUUUCUGGGAGUGUGUAGAGAUCACUGGAGAGUUUUCAAAUGAUCAAAGCUUUCUCUAUCACGCUCCGAAUGCAGAAGAAGCUGAACAUCUUCUGAAAAAGUUAGAAGAACUAACAAGAAGUAAGAUAACAAGAAUGACAAUACGAUUGGAUGACGAUCCAUUACGUCUUCGUAACUCUGUGUGGAUAAGCGAAAGAUUACAAAAAUGGAAGAAUGUUUUGACGAUAUUCGAUUCAUCUCAUAUAGUUAUCGACCACAACAUGCCAUUAUAA